ACAAUAGACAAUUCUCGACUUGUGUCUCUUCCCCAGCACGAAUUGUUUAUAAAUAAUAGAUGUUCAAAUAAAUUUUAUUCAGUAAAGUGCAGUUUCGUCACAAUGUGGUUUUAUUUAUGUUUUAUCUUUAUUUUCCAAAGUUAUAAUUGUGAAGAAAGUGUAAAAAAUAACACCUUUGACGAUAUAUUUGAGAAUAAAGAUAAAUCAACCGAUGAAAAAAAUCCAAUUCAAUUAGAAAGAAUAACGCAACCUUCGGCCCAAACCCAACACAUUGAACGGGCUAUAAAUUCACCAAAUGCGACAAAGAAACAAUCCGAAUUCAGGCCUAGCCCACAAUUGGAAACCUACUACGAAUUCAAUAAAUUUCCAGUGCCUCCGGCUUUACCAGAAGCCAAACAUUUUUCUCACCUCAAUUUUGGUGAAUCUUUACCACAGUGGCCUAACACUUUUACCACAGAGUCUCCAUGGUCAAAAAAAAUUCAAUUCCCAACGACUUCAACAGUACCAACCACAAAAGAACGCCCUUAUGAGUUUUACAAUGUGGAGAAAAGCACCGGAAAAUCUUAUAAUGUGCCACCAAAAACCGACAACUGGAGCAACAAGAACCAAGUUGUGUACAAAAAUCAGUUUGAUUUUAGUGCCCCUGUGCCGGUACCACCUAGCGGUGGUUCUAAGGGUGGUCUAGGUGCUAUUGCGACAUCCUCACAGGAGGGUUUGGGGAACCCCUGGAAGAAAAUUAUCAAAUUUCUAACGGCUUUCAUUCCGAUUGGUUUAUUGAUAAGUGCAUUAACACCGACUGUGAUAACAGUCCAGUCAAUGAACGGAACCCAGUUGAGAUCAAGAGCGGAAAAACCAGAGAACCACAAAUCAAAUAAAUUACUUUCUUCCCUGAGUUAUUUUAACUCGAUUGGGUGCGAAGACCGGAUUUUGUGUGAGUUGGUACUGAGCGCAAGUACCACUCAAAACGCCGAACAUCACAUUGAAAACUUGCUCAACACUUUCACUCAAGAUGGAAAAGCAGUCGAGAAAGCUGAAGAGAUGAGAAGAAUUUUUGAGGCUGUUAAAAAACAAGACUGUCGGCCUAUUGUUUGUAAAAAUAUGAAAGACAAGACGUAAUCAUUGUAGUUUUAUUUACCUAAAAAAUGACUGGGACGACUACAUCAUGCAAGUAGUCAAUUUAGACUGGUCUAAUUUGAUUUACAGUUAUUUGCAAUAGAGUAAAUGAGUGAAAUUACUCUCACCCUAUUUUUUCUAAUUGGUGUAAUUUGGAGUGAUUUUAUAAUAAAUAAGU